AUGAAAGAAAUUCUCACUUUUCAAUUAGGUAACCAAGGCAAUUUCGCAGGCGCCUAUUUUUGGCAAAUCCAAGACGCAUAUCAGCAUGGCUUUGAAUUUCACGACCCAUUUUUCAUUCAAAACGCAGACCGAUACUAUCCUCGAAUGAUCGGCCUUGACUGAAAAGCCAGUCUAUCAUAUCCCACCCCAAGGCUACCUCAAUCUGAAAUUUUAUGGUAAUUUGUUAUCAGGGAGGGAAAUAUCAAAAAAUUCGAAUCCGAAGCUUCCUCUGAAGUAA